UCGCGCUCAGUCAGUCGGCGAGUGGUUCGCAGCUCGGCGGUUAGCUUGUUUCUCGGCCGCCGGCUGCUCCCUUUAAUGCUGGAUUUCACCGCCUUAAACAGUGUUUUCYAAUUAUUUUUGGCAUUUUUAUUUAUUUUUAUUUUUUUGCCGCUCAGCACCGGAGGACACAAAGCGAGCUCACGUGGGAGAGAUUUGCAAGACCCAGAGGAGAUUGUGAUGUUUAAUGGAUGCCCCCCACGGAGGUCGUUGGAGUCUUCUGAAUCAUAGAUCCGGCAUCAAGCGCAUGCCUUUCAWUGUGGCAAUGCGCUAUCUCUAGACUGUGCUUCUUGAACCCUCCUAUGGGGGGUGUAAUUACUGCAAGUGGGGUUGUGAGGCUGAGCUUCCCGCUGUAGAUAGAAAUCUCCAAAAUCAUGUAGUGUUCCUUUCUCCAGAGAGGGGGGAGGGUGCACACUUGAGUCUGGCUUCAUUUUUUAUUCAUUUCUGUUCAUGUAAUCAGAACAGAUCUGUGCUCACUUGUUGAGUGUAUGUGGCUGUGGGCAGAGAGAGUGAGGUGAGGAGAAAGUGACAGAAAGGAGAAAAAGAGAACAGGAAAGACGUGASAGAGAUGGUCCUCCACACCACCCCAUACUCCAGUGCCUGUCUGCACUUCCUGGAUGGCUUGUCAUGGAGCCUGGUGUUUCCCUGCUACUGGUUCCUGGACCGGCUCCUGGCCUCCUGCGUGGCCACUUCUCUGGAGAAGCGCCAGCGCUCCCAGGACCCCUGCUCCUUCCUCACCCUGUGUGUCCUGAUUUCUGCACCCCUUUAUCUGCUGCUCCUCCUUGCAUCGCUCCCUUUUGCCCUGCUGGGGUUCAUCAUUUGGGCGCCCCUGCAAGCUGUUCGCCAACCAUACCUGUACACCUACCACAGACCAGACAAGAGCCUGUCAGAGCAGAGUCAGGCUGGACAAGAUGGGCUUGGAGAAUGGAGGCCACAAGGCAGAAGCUUCUGUUUCUGCAGUGCCAAUGUGUGCCUCUUGCCAGACUCCCUGGCCAGGUUCAACAACUUGUCAGACACACACAGGAGAGCUCGCGAGGUCGGGAAGAGAAUCCGUAAUGGAGCCAGUCGACCCCAGAUUAAAAUAUACAUUGAUUCACCGACCAACACCUCCAUCAGUGCAGCAUCAUUCAGCAGCCUGGCUACAGGUUUCCGCCGUACCUCCUCUCUGGAUCAGCGUCCAGAGCAAACACACACCACCAACGGUCCGGCCGAAACUGAAAUCGAACCCAUCACCGAGUGCCCAGUUCAUCCCUCAGGUGCCACUGACUGCCCUGUUCACCCCUCUGCAGGAGAGCAGGGCUGCACUGACUGCCCUGUUCACCCCUCUGCAGGAGAGCAGGGCUGCACUGACUGCCCUGUUCACCAUGAUGGAUCAGACACCACAGCAGACUGCCCCCUUCACCCAACAGGGACUAACAGCAGCUCAGACUGUCCUGUUCAGAACUCAGGGGACGCUACAGACUGCCCCAUGCAUGCCACUGGAGGGCAAAGUGGCCCUGGCCAUCAUGACUGUCCCAUGCAUGGGGAGGGGAUGCAGCAGAAACCACCUACAGACUGCCCGCUUCACACCUCAGGGGUUCAAAUUAGCAUCAGUGCUCCAGAACCAGAAGCCCAGGAAGAGGAGGCUGAGACUGGUAAUCACCGGGAGUUGGCAGGAGGAGACAUGGGCAGCAUGACUGCCUCCCGGGAGUCCCUCACCCGUUACCAUGGGGGUGACACCACCGUGGGGAUUUCCUCCAAUAACACUCUCUCUCAUGUCCCACGUACAUCCAUCUUCAAGCGACCAGGACGGAAUAAACGUCGUCAUGGAGAUGAGACGUUUGACCAUGAGGUCUCUGCCUUUUUCCCUGCCAAUCUGGACUUUCUGGCUCUGCAGGAAGUAUUCGACCACGGCUCCACGACAAGACUGCGGCGGCAGCUGCACCGCUACUUUCCAUACGUGCUCAGCGAUGUUGGGCGGUACGGCUGGAAAGGCUGCUGUUCCAGGUUCAAAUUCUUGAACAGUGGCCUGAUGCUGGCCAGUCGCUACCCAAUCCUAGAUGCGCGGUUUGAGUGCUACCCAAACGGGAGAGGAGAAGAUGCUCUUGCAGCCAAAGGGGCCCUGUUUGCCAAGGUUCAUGUGGGCACCUCCCAUCAGGAGCAAAGGGUUGUGGGAUACCUCACGUGCACGCACCUCCACGCCAUUGAAGGCGAUGCAUCAGUCCGCUGUGAGCAGCUGGACCUGUUGCUCCAGUGGGGGGCCGAGUUUCGUCAAUCUGCAUCUCAACCACCUGAAGGAGAGAAGGUUCUGGAAGACCUGGUGGCCUUUGAUGUCAUGCUGGGAGACCUGAACUUCGACAACUGUUCUUCAGAGGACAAACUGGAGCAGCAGCAUGCACUUUUUACUCAAUACAAGGACCCGUGUCGCCUGGGGCCAGGGGAGGACAAACCAUGGGCUCUGGGCACUCUCCUGGAUCCCAGUGGCCUUUAUGAUGAAGAUGUCAGCUCAGCUGAAAGUUUACAAAAAGUGAUGGAGAAUGAGGAUGGAAGGAAGGAGUACCUGGUGUUUCCUCCCAGUAAGAACCAUUGUCAUGCCAGUGGUCAGAAGGGGAGGAAGAUCCCUCUGAAAGGAAACGGACGCCGGAUUGACUACAUCCUCUACAGUGACGAAAGCCUUCAGCAGGACUGGAAACUGGAUAUUGAAGAGUUCAGYUUUGUGACCCAGUUGGCCGGCCUCACUGACCACCUGUCUGUAGCCAUGCGCCUGGCUGUUUCCACCGGAGAAGAGGAGCCUUAGAUCGACCGCCUGAGCUUUCAUCAUUAAAUACUGCCGUGGCUGAGCGGACAGGAAGAAAUAAAGACAUUCUGGGUUUACAGAUACGAUGCAGCAUGGGGAGAAGAUUGAAGGGACGGCGAAUAGAUGAAUCAGUGGGCGAGCGUUCACAAAGUGAGGAGAAAAGAGGAAGCAGAAGAGAGAAACCUUUUAACAGAGAGAGAUGAGCUGGGGAAUUCAGUCUAGGAAGUCCAAGAUAUUCAUCUUCCUGGGUAAAUCACCUACACAAACACUCUCUACAUACUGCGUCAGCCACUGGAGACUGACUUUAAGACUGCUGAAGAUGGCCCGGCCUCUGGUCCAGCACUCCCUGCAGAACUGAAUCCAGAGGGUUUGAUUUUGAGUGACGUGUUUCAUGUAGCCUGUACACACACUCCUAUGGUCAGAUCUGUUUUAGCCGUAGUUUAAGUAUAAUCGUUUUUAAAGACUCUACCUUCAGGGACAGUGGGAUGCUCGUUGUUUGGUGUAUAAAAGGAAAGGAUGUAAGUGAAGCGAAGCUGCUGACCAGCCUUUACACUGAC